CGUCAGAAGGCCGCGCAAGUGCACUUGCGUCUCACCGUUACCAUAGCGACUGGGCUUCCGGACUGCAUAUCCUAGCUGCCUCGUCAACAUCUUCGAGCAUCGGCAGCUCCGGAGGCCGGGGUAACUGGCGGCAGGUAGGAAACUAUGUGAAAGAAUCUCGUGAUGUCAUAAUUUCCGGGUGUCACUGGAACAUUUGAUCAUCAUUCCUUCCGCAAUUCCAGCCUUCUAUGGAAGGCCAGUAGAAAGCAUUGAUUUAUUCACCUCUGCAGGAAUCAGACUCAGCCUCUUUUGGUUUUCAGUGAGUUAUGCCUUUUCGAUUUGGAACCCAGCCAAGGAGGUUUCCAGUGGAAGGAGGAGAUUCUUCAAUUGAGCUGGAACCGUGGCUGAGCUCCAGUGCUGCCUGUAAUGGGAAGGAGAUGUCACCAACCAGGCAACUCCGGAGGUGCCCUGGAAGUCAUUGCCUGACAAUAACUGAUGUUCCUGUCACUGUUUAUGCAACAAUGAGAAAGCCACCUGCACAAAGCAGCAAGGAAAUGCAUCCUAAAUAGCACCAUUAAGUCUUUUGUCAAGGUCUGACUAGGUCAAGGGUAAUGGACCAGUAUCAUCUGGUGAUCUGGUAAACAAAUAAAAGUGGUGGCACCUUUA